AUGGUUCUACGUCGGCUCUUUCCAGCGAUGUACACGCUGCCCGACAAGGCGCCAGCUAAGUCGCGCCAGGCGACGCUCUAUUUGCUGAACUGCAUUUUCCUAAUGGGCAUCAGGACGCCGCCGAAGGGCUGCUGCCUCUUCUUCAUCUAUAUCGUGUGGUCUUUUGCUCUGAAUCUGUGCUCGACUUUCUAUCAGCCAAUUGGCUUUAUGACCGGUUAUAUGUCGCACCUGUCGGAGUUCGCACCUGACGAGUUUCUCACCUCGCUGCAGGUGGCCUUCAAUGCGUGGUCCUGUUCGACGAAAGUGAUUAUCGUCUGGAUACUAGUGAAACGCUUCGAUCAAGCCAACUUGAUCUUCGAUGAGCUGGACAAGCAACUGCUGGAGCCGGCCGAGCGGAGUCGAGUUCAUCGCGCCGUCUCGCGCAGCAAUCGCAUUUUCUUUGGCUAUAUGAGCGUCUACUUAGUCUAUGCGACAACCACAUUCAUCAGCGCCUGCAUUAUGGGCGUGCCGAUGUUUCAGAACUAUUAUCCCUUUCUGGAUUGGCGCGCCAGUCGCUGGGAGUAUUGGCUGCAAUCGGGCUUGGAGUAUUUCGCCAUGUUCGGCGCCUGCUUUCAAGACGUCUGCGCCGACUGUUAUCCCAUCAAUUAUGUCCUGCCGCUGCGUGCACACAUGGCCAACUUUGCGGAGCGACUGAGAGGCUUGGGCCAUGAUCCGCUAGAGAGUUCAGAGGAGCGUUACGAAAAGCUUAUCGCUUGCAUACAACAUCACAAACUUAUAUUGAGUUUCUGUGAUACUAUACGCCCCGUUAUCUCGGGCACCAUUUUCGUGCAGCUUCUCGUUGUGGGCUUGGUGCUGGGCUUUACCAUCAUCAACAUUGUGAUGUUUGCCAAUUUCGCCUCUCGCAUUGCUGCUUUCUCAUUUAUGGCAGCUGUCCUAUUGGAGACCACGCCCUUUUGCAUCCUCUGCAACUAUUUGGCCGAUGAUUCGCUGCAGCUAGCCGACGCUCUAUUCGAAUCGAAUUGGAUCUACCAGGACCAGCGCUAUAAGAAGACCCUGCUACAGUUUCUGCAGAGUCUACAGAAGCCAAUUGUUUUCAUAGCUGGAAAUAUUUUUACCAUUUCAGUCGCUACGAAUUUGACUGCCACUAAGUUUUCCUUCUCGGUUUUCACACUGGUCAAGCAAAUGAAUUUAGCUGAAAAACUAUCCAGACCCAAGGGACCAGAAUAA